AUGAGCCAAGAAGAGCUGACUUUGGAAAGUCUCGCAACUUCCAUCACAAAGCUCACCAACACUGUAACCCAGGGACUUAAAGAUGCCAACUUUCCUCAACCAUCAUUCGCCGCGGAUGCGCCGGCACAGCUUCCACCCAAUCCGGCAAUUCAGGGUCCUCGGCUGCAGCUCGUGGAAGCACUGAUGAACAUGCUGCAUCUCGCGAUGGGUCCUAGUGAAUACUUCCUGCAGCUUGGGCUCGGUCUCCCUAAUGAAGCAAUGGUAUUGGACAUGCUCAACCAUUUCGACAUCUGGAGUAAAGUCCCACUAGACGGCUCUGCAAGCUAUGCCGAAAUAGCAAAUGCAACCAAGAUACCCGAGUCCCUCAUCCGUAGGUUUCUAAGCGUGGCCAUGAGAAUGCAUCUGUUUCGCGAAGAGGAACCAGGAUCAGACCGGAUUGUGCACACUGCCGCGUCUGCAUACCCUGUUCGUGAGCCAGUUAUGCAGUCAUUCAUAGCUCAUUGCAUGGAGGACACACGCCCUGUUUCAGUGAAAGGCGUGCAAGCCUUGGAGAAGUUCUUCGUCGGCUCUUCCGAGGCCAGUGAGGAGCUGUCGCAUUCACCGUUUGAGAUUGCGUAUCCAGGGAGAUCGGUUUGGGAUCUACUUUCACAGGAUGAACCUCCAGGCAGGCCGAAGGGAUAUCGUGCAACCAGGUUUGCUGAAGCAAUGCAGGCUAUAGCCAAGUCUUCGUCAGUUGGUACCGAGGUGGCGGUAAAUGCCUUUGAUUGGGACAAGUUGGGAGAAUCCACGGUCGUUGAUGUCGGUGGCUCUAGUGGCCAUGUCAGCGUCAUACUUGCGAAAACUCACCCCAAGCUCAAAUUCAUCGUCCAGGAUCUUCCUAACGCGGAAAAGUCUUUCAACGAGCUCAUCAGCAAGACCAACUUGGCCUCACGCAUUUCCUUCCGCGCACACGACUUCUUCAAACCGCAGACUGAAUCUGCAGAUGCAUACUUGAUCAAAUCUGUUUUCCACGACUGGCCUGACAAAUAUGUCGUGCAAAUUUUGCAAAAUAUUACUCCUGUUUUGAAACCCGGUAGUCAUGUCCUCGUAUUUGAUCUGGUUGUUCCACCUGAUUAUGAUGAAAACGGCAAACCUACGGUUCCGUUGUCGAUCCGGCGGUUCCUUGGACUUGUUGAUAUGCAGAUGUUUGUGGCAUUCAACUCGAGAGAGCGUAAAGUCGAAGACUGGGUUGCGGUGUUUAAGCGUGCAGAUGUGCGGUUGAACCUGGAUGGGGUGUAUAUAACGCCUGGUGCACCGUUGGCAGUUCUCGAUUUCGUAUUUGGAGCUGACAGGUAG